GCCUUGAAGGGCAGUCACGUGCUGCCGCGGCACACUCACCUGCUCAGCGAGCGACUCAGCGCCGAGCUUCAAUCGCUUUCAUGCCAUGGACCGUGAUGAUGAAGCCGAGAAUGUGCAGACUGCGAUGAGGCCGCAGCUGCAGCAGAGGAGCUCCAUUCCAUCCUUUGUUCUUAUUAUCUUUAUGCUUUUCUUGCUCACGAAUCACAGCGGAGACGAGUUCUUGGCUCGGAAUCAUCACUACGAUGCGUUACGCUCUCUUACUUACCAGCUAUCCAAUUUCACGAACUGGAUGAACGGAUCCGAUACCAACUUUUCCAUGCCCGAUCGAAAUCCCUCACUCCGGCCUCUCGUCGAGUCACACAUGACACUCGGGUCUCGUUUGGACCCAUCUAGUGCUUCAUACUUUACAAAUAUAACUGGGUUUAUCCGCGGGGAGAUUGACUUCCACAACAUCACGCUUCCGAGCCUGAAUGACACCCAUGCUCCUUGGUCGUCGCACGCCGAAUCCUAUAUGGAAAACACGAACAUGACGGAGAUUUUACACUCCUUGGGCACGCAGGAUUGGAAAGCAACACGAAAAAUGGCAUGGAGUGUCAUCGACCAUGCAGUUGUAGAAGGUGUGUCAGACAAGCUGGCAAUGGCUCAUGGAAGAAUCGAUUUUGUCGAUGCGACAAGCGGUAACGAGAUGAGGCUUGAUUUUGAGGGUGUCCAUUUCAUAGCCAAUGGUUCUGUAUAUGGCUUUGCUGAACCUCCCGGACGUCAUAUCGACAUCAGGUACCUCCCAGCAAUCGUACCAGAGGAGUCACAGAAUGGAACUACUCUUGUCGUGCGAAAUGAACUUCAAUCACGGGUAGACAAAAUCAAGACCAUGAUAGAUAAUGGGGUCAUUGACCAAGAGUCUUCGGAAGCCAACAGUGGAGUUCAGAGUGAUUGCGGAUUCUUAGUAUAUGCUCAGAUUGAACCGUCCCUGAUCUCUGAAGAACUUAUGAUUGACGUUGAAAGCGAGCUACAAUCACCAACGGGAAAAUGGACACCGAAUGUUUUCCCCCUUCGCGUCAACGGUGUCUUGCUGAGUAGAGAAUGUGGCGUGCUCUAUCGGUUCCAUCAUGCCGAGGGACUAAGAACUCAGUCAUUUCUCCGAAGAGUCGUUAACUAUGGGAGCAUUUCAGGAGUCGUUUCCCUCAUAAUGCUCACUCUAUCGUGUCGCCACGUUGACCGUACACAUAGUCCUGCUGCUCUUCAACGUCUGUCGGUCUGGACUUUCUACACCCAGGCCAUCGUCGACGCGGUUUCUCUCGCUGCACACAUCACUUUUGCUAUCUUGGCACAUGGAAGGCCCUCUCUCGCGUUGAUUAUCCCAGCUUUCGCCUCCUCUAUAAUUUUUUCCAUAGAAGCGCACCAUGCAACCCUUAUCAACCAAGUCCAGGCCCCAGGAGAUGCACUCAAUACUACCAUACCCCCACCGAGACCUCCACAGCAAGCUCCACAGGACAAUGGACCAGGCGCUGAAACUGCCCAGCCAGCACAACGUCCUCAAACACCCCCACCGCUCACGGCCCGUUCCUUCCUGAGUACUUUCGCCCGGAAUUUGUAUUCAGACCCACAGGCGCGCAUUUGGAUUGGAUUACUUAUCUGUCUCACAUUUGUUGUCCGAGCAAUCGUGUCGCCUUCGCUGGCUCUAUUUUUUGUCGGAUCUAUGUACUCGAGCAGUUCGUUGAGUGCCGAGUACCUCAUUGGCAUGUCAAUAUGCAGACUGUGGUUCCCUUUCUACUUUUUGGCAAAUUCGACGAAUGUAUUGGAUGUAGAGCCACGACGAUGGGUAUACUCCCUCGCUGCGUUCGUUCUGUUCCAAGUCGGUGUGGUUCUCUUACAGAAGUCCCUUGGCCCCGCGUUCUUUCUGCCGAAACGGUUCGCUACAGCACAAAUUUAUGACUACCAUCCCCCAAUGCCGUCGAAUAUGCACGACCCCGAGGCACCGGACCAGCCACUUGGCGACUGCUCCAUUUGCAUGGAGGUAAUUCAUGUCAAGGACUCAAAACAGUUGCAGCAGGUGACUGGCGGGCUGCUGCAAAAGGUGGGCGUCAAGAAGAGUUAUAGUGUGGCCCCUUGUCACCAUAUUUUCCACACGGAAUGUCUUGAGAAGUGGCUUGCUCUCAAGAAUAUAUGCCCGCAAUGUCGCAGGCCGCUACCGCCGUUGUAAUACCAUAAUGUCGGCGCGCCUGCGGUGUCCCUCGAGUACCACCGUCAUGGUCCGGCAAGCCUUUACCACAUUGUUAACUUGUACUGCGCAAUGUCCACUGUCAUAGAUUAUGUAGAAUAUACGCC